AGAUACAACUGUUGCUCAGGCAACUGCCCACCUCUUCCCCACCUCUCCAUCCUAAUGAUGGCUGUGAGUGUGUGGUGGUGGGGUGAUAAAAAGGCCCCAAUAGUGGUAAACAACUCCAGGUCAGGCAUCUGGACAAUGCACUGACGUCAGACCUGCUCCGUCAUUCACCAUCCAGUGAUGCCGAUUCACCAGGGAGCUGGGGUGCAAUGUUUGAGAGACAGACAGCAAGAGAAAAGAGAGUGUGGAUGUUGAGGGCAACAGUGUGAAUGAAAGAGAGAAAGAGAGAGUGAGUUCCUCAUAAGUCGUCAGAGCUGCAAGGAAUCAUCUCAUAACACACGAGAUCAGACGAGGCUGCAUCUGCACUACAGCUGAGAACAACACAAGGCACAGCAGAGAGUCUACAAAGAACACCGUUCACAAACUGAGGAUAUCACUGACCUAACAUGAUGGAAGUGGUCCUAACCAGACUGCGGGACUUCUCCUGCAAGACCUCCACCUUUGAUGAUUGCAAACCAGCAGGACAGAGUGCAUGCAGGGAUUCUCGGAGCAGGACUGACUGCCUCGGUGAAGGCUGCACAGCUGGAGAUGAGGGUAGAAAGCUGGACAUAGAGAGUGCAUUGGCCUGGCUGCGCAGGGAACUGAUGGAGAUGCGAUCUCAAGACCAAGCUCUGAUUCGGCAGCUGAUGGAGCUUCACUCCGGCAUCCAGGAGCUCAAGCAGGAGUUAUCUGAAGAGGAGCAAGAGGAAGAGACAGAUGAGAAGGAAGCUGAAGAGGAGGAGGAAGGCAGCUACUGGGACUCAGAGAGCGAUCGAGGAAGCGGCAGCGUUUACUCCGACUCAGGGGAGGUGGGCUUUCCCAUUUCCUGCAGGAAGAUGCCUCCACCCCUUUACUCAGGGGUCUUAUCAAAGACGGCAUUCAGCAGAAGAAGCUCUGUGCCUUGAAAAAUAUUAGAAGAGAUUCAACUUUUGGAGUCUGUCCUCAACUUCCUUAUAUCCUCUAAGACCGUCAACAAAGACGAGGUGGAGCAAGAUGAAUCAAUUUGCAAGUUCCCACCAUAAAUUCACUUCACUGUCCGUAGCCAGACAAGAGAAUGAGUCAGAUAGACUUAGCAUAGCAGUGUUACUAUUUUAAUGCAGAUGUAAUCAUCAUUUAAAUCCUUGCAAAAAGUACAAUACAAUAAUUGUGUAUGAAUGGUUAGCUCCUCAAACUGAUGAGCAGUUGGCACCUUGCAUGGCAGCCAAUGCCAUCAGUGUAUGAAUGUGUGUGAAUGAGAUACGUAGUGUAAGAGUAAAAAAAGGUUGAAAAAGAAGACUAGAAAGGUGCUAUAUAAGUACAGUCCGUUUACCAUUUACAAUAUGUCACUGGAAAGGCUUCUUUUGUUUAUAAUGUUUCCUUUCUUUAUUCUGUUUUCAUGACAAAUGAGAUAUUGUAAAUGAAAAAAUAUUUGACAGAUUGUUAUGAGUCAAAAGGAACUGUUCUUGGAAACACACCUGAUCACGUUCUUGCAGAGACUUAGUUACAUGCAGCAAAAGACUGGAGACAGAGGGAGUAGCUGGCUUGACUCUGUCUGAAGUUCUCAAGUUUUAGAGGGGCUGGUAGGUUUUGUUGCGUUUGGGCCAGGCGGCAACCUCUGUGGCUGUGAAGUGAAGCCGACGCAGAAGUACCAAAAGGAAGAGUAAGCAGUCAUUUGAGGCUGGCUACAGAACAUGUCAGUCUCCAUGUUAAAAUGUCUUCACAACUUCACAGCAGAA